CUGCUAUAAGGAAAGAUGCCUUCAGGUACAUGCCAAGCCUGAUCAAGAUUUUGUUUAUUGGCAACAGGAUCAAGACAGUUGAACCUGGAGCCUUUGCUGGUUUGGAGAGGCUGAGGGACUUGGAAAUAUCUGGUGCUUUAUUAGAAGAACUAACUGUGGGCACUUUCCAAAACCUCCCAAGCUUGCAGAGGCUGGAGCUGAGAGACUGCCACCUCACAUGCAUCCCCAAAGGCCUGUUUGAUGGGCUGGAAAAUCUGGGAGAGCUAUCCCUGCACAUUAAUGCAAUCACUUCUCUUCCAGAUGGCAUUUUUGAUUCUCUUGUCAAUCUAACGUUUUUGGACCUGGCUAGAAACAGGAUCACAAGUCUUCCUGGGGAUGCCUUUAGCAAACUCUCCCAGCUGCAAGUCCUACGGCUUUAUGAGAAUGAGUUGCAGGACCUCUCAGAGGGGCUGUUUGACAGUCAGCCAGGGCUGAUGGAGCUCAGCCUCCAGAGGAACAGGCUCAGGGCACUGCCACCCAUGCUUUUGAGAAGCCUGUCUCACCUGGAGAAACUCCUCUUGGACAACAACCUCAUCGAGGUCCUCCCUCCUCAGGGCUUUUUUGGUUUAAACAAAUUGAAGCUGCUGACUCUGUGUUCCAACCACAUUACAGAGCUCCCUUGCUGCCUUUUUGACACCAUGCCACACCUGCGGGAGAUGGACUUGGGCAGGAACAGUUUGGCCACACUCCCAGAUGGUGUCUUUGCCAACCUCACAUCUCUUGGCAAACUCAUUGUGUCCCACAACCAGCUAGCAGCCCUGCAAAGAGGAGCUUUCACUGGGCUCAGCAAGCUCUUGGACCUCCAGCUGGACACAAAUCGUCUCUCUGCUCUGGAUGGUGAGGUCUUUGCUUCUCUCCCAAACCUGAAAACCCUCAACCUUCGGAAGAAUCAGCUGGAGAAUGUCCCUCAAGGGCUUCUGGACCCUCUGAAGAAGCUCAACUCAGUGUAUCUGAGCGAAAACCCAUGGAGAUGUGACUGCAACCUCAGCUACCUGCACAGCUGGAUCCUGGGCAACAGUGAGAAGGUCAAAUUGUCCACCCGAAUGUCAUGCAAGAGUCCACCUCACCUGGCAGGGCAAGCAGUUAUGUCGCUGAGGGAUGACCACUUAAUUUGCCCAGUUUUUCUGCCUCCUUCAGCUUCUUUUGCCCCAUCUCUGUCAUUGACCUCCACAUCAUCACAGGGGAUGUCAACCUUGCAGUCACAUGGAGACAUGUCAACUGCAGAGCCAACUAUGAUGUCACAGACAGCCUCUCCCACCAUGACACCACCAACCAUGCUGUUGCCUGUGGCCAUCUGUGCCACCUUGCCAACCAUCACCACCCCACCAUUAACCAAUAUGCCCAUUACCUCUAACACCACCCAAUCACCAGCUGUGCCUCCUGAAACCUCCAUCACCACCCUGUCACCAGCUGUCCUGCAUGAGACCUUCAUCACCACACUAUCAUCAACCAUACUACCCAAGACCUCCAACACCAUACCAUCACCAACUGUGCUGCAUGACACCUCCAUUGCCACCCCAUCAUCAGCUGUGCUGCCUGAUGCCUUCAUCACCACCCCAUCACCAACUGUACUGCCCAAGAAGUCUAUCAUCACACCACUAGCGAUUGUGCUGCCUGAGGCGUCCAUCACCACACCAUCACUAGCUGUGCUGCUAAAGGUUUCCACUGCCAUCCCAUCAGCAGCCACACUGCCCAAGAUCUCCAGCAACACACCAUCACCAGCUAUGGCACAGGAGGCCUUCAGCCUGCAUCCAUCUCCAGCCGUCAUAAGCCUACAGCCUCAUGGGACCACCAGCCCAGAGCUUGCAUUAUCUGUUCUAUCUUCUGUCACCUCACUGGAGCCAACUAGCCCACUGACAGCCACCAUGAGGCAAGAGCCUCUUAAUUUUCUGGUGCCCACUGAGAUGCCAGCCACUAUGCUGCGGGGGACACCCAGCAUCUCCUUUCUUUCAAUUCCCCCCUCAGCAGUCUGGACAUCACCCAGGGCUGCUGUGCCAGGUAUGGUGCCACUGGCCUCAAAAUCCCCAUCCCACCAUGCUCCUGCACCAGGCAAAGAACAGGACCACACCACCACGUGGAGCUUGCCCACAGUUGGCACCCAGCCUGCUCCAACUGCCCCUCAAAAUGUUUCUGUCCCUGCAGGCACCAUCCUGCUCCUGACAAUGCCUGUCCCCCCGUUGCCAGACCAUCUGAGCCCCCUGCCAGCCUCCCCACCCCCAAUCCCCAGUGUCUAUCACUCCUGGAGCAUCACCCUGCGUCCUGGCCAGCGGCAGUGCUGGGUGUCCCUAGCCCUGGGCCUGGCCACACUGGUGCUGCAGGCUGGCUGCACACUGCUGUGGGGGGUGCUCGCCCUUCUCCUUCACCAAGCCACCCACUGCAGGGGCCACUUCAUGGCACCGGUGAGGCUGUUGAGUCUCCAUGCCCUGAGUGCCCCGGGACCCCCCGAGCAAGCUCAGGCACCACUUUGAGCUUUCCUGCAUGACCUGGGCAGUGCUCGCUACCUCCUUCAGGGUCUGGAGCCGUGCUGGCGGCAGGGUACCUGUUCCAUGGGAGAUGCUGUGAGCCUGUGGAAUCUGGACACGCUGUCGCUGCCUGACAGGGAUUUCUGCCAAGCGACACUAGGUGGCAUCCCGACACAGGCAGUGGCUGCCACUGCCUGCCCUGGGCCACCUGGAGCGGAGGGCGCGACCACUGACUUUGGAAAGCAGCGAAAUACCGGAGACCACGGACUGGGUCGGCUGCGGACCUCGCUGAACCUCAGGCACGGCCCCCUCUUGCUUACAGGAUCUGGUCUCAGCUCCUGCCUGCAUUUCCUCCCCAUCCCUGGCAGGUACACGCGGGGUGCACCGUAUUUGGGGAAGGAUGUCCCAGGGUUUCUUGCCCCACACCCUGGCUUCUCCCCCGCGUAGCGUUUCAGGAUGUGUCCGUGUCCAUAAGUCCGUCAUAACCCUUUGACUUCUUCCCCCUUCUCUCUCCCUUUUGUGUUCACUGAUAUUAAAGACUGUCCUUUACUGAAGGCCUGUGACAGGAGUGUUCAUCCCAGGGUUUUUCUCACUGUGACCUGC